CUCCUGCUCCUGCUCCUGCUCCCGCUCCCGCUCCCUGGACACCUAAAUGAAGGGAAGAGGGCUGUCUGGGGCUAUUCCCUCGGGAAUGAGACGCGGAGGGGCUCGGGAGGUAUUUACACACUACCAGUCUUUUGUACAAAAACCAAAAGGACCAACCAAAGCAAAGCAAAAAGCCGCCAGGCUGCCGCCUGGCAUUCCUAUUUUUUUCUGAGUCAUCCAGCCCAACGUGAGUAGGGGGGUAUGCUCCGGUCUGGGAGUGCUCAGCGCUGGAAAUGAACCACCAGGGCUAAUGGGAAUCUUCUGUAUUAAGAAUACCUCAUGCUCGACUGUUGCAAUCGCCCAUUAAGCCCACCUUAAUUGCGUUGAUUUAUUGGAUGUUUGUAUGCAAAGGGUUUGACAUGUGUCCCCCUCUUCGCUUUCUGCUGAGUACAGAAACGCCACCUGGCCCAACCUGUGCCAGUUUUACUGCCCAGACACUGCUUUCCUGCCAUUCAUCACUGUGACUGUGAUCUAAACAACUCCACUGCCUUUAUCCUGUGUCCUACCAUCUCCCACCCCCGUCGGCACAGAGGGAAUAUAGAGUGCUCUUAAACCUGGAAAAUAUUCUGCUGAUGGGCACAUAAAUCUCUUCUGCAGAGCUCUGUCAUUUAACUAGCAAGGCGAGGUGAUGCUCACUGGGUGAGCUACUUCCACAGCGAGUUAAUACCUCAGGACUUCCUGGGAUUUUUUUCCCCAAGGUUUAGGUGGGAAAAAAAAAAAAAAAAUCAGGUAGAGCUUUUGAAACGCGCUUACCUAGGUAAUCCUCUAUAGCUGGGAAGGGGGUAUGAUUGCACGGAAACUUUCCAGAGCAGCCUGGUGCGGGAGGAUCCCAGCAGCAGCAGAGUCGGAGGCGGUAAAGAAGCCCCUACUUGAUUCCAAAGAUACUCUGCGCUUCCAAACGCGCCAGGUGGACACACAUGCGAAUGUACGUUUUGUGAAGACGACGCCUCGCCCCUACCCAGCGCUCCUCAGGCCGGCAAAAAUACAGGUAUUGCCGAAAGUAGCCCUCGGUAAAGCCGGCAGGCGCACCGGGGGGCAGGCGGCGGGUAGGCAGGAGCCGCCCGGAGCCCCCCAGCCCCGGAGCCCCCCCCGGCGCGCCGUCCCCUGCCUGCCCCGGCCGCGGGACGGAUUUAAUGAAGUCUGGAAAUCCUUUCCUAUCCCUCCUGGAGAAUACUUCCCCAUCCCAAUCCAAUCCAAGCUUCCUCAGGGGAUCAGGAAGAGUAAUGAACUUUUCCACCUUACCUCCCCACGCAGACUUGAAGACACUCCUUUAGACACGCUCACGACUCCCUUAACCACCAGCGAUUUCUGUCCAUCCUCCUACACCGGGAGAAAUACUGAGCCCUACCAUCAGCCAUGCGAGCGGCUGUAUCUGCAAGGGUUAAACUAUGUAGCAGGCACAGCGCCUGAUGAAAACAUUAAUAAAAUGCGAUGAAUAAGCGCUGGAAUGGCAAAGACUCGGCGAGUGAGACUGCGGUGCGGAUUGCAAGUUAGUGCCGAGAGCGGUGACUAUCGUGCGGAAUGGACGUGGGCAAGCAGGGCUGGUGCUUCGUAAUUUCUUCGAGUUCAGAAAGUGGAGCCAGCCAGGCUACUGGAAGGUUCAGGUGCAAGGCGAGGCAACUGAGACGUUUCUUUUAUUUUAUUCCCUUCUCUCCGCCCCCCCCCCCCUCCCCCCUUUUCUGUUAAAGUGUAGCCUUUUGGUUGAAAACAAGCAAUCUGAUCGUGAAAU